AUGGGCUCCGUGUCCAACCAGCAGUUUGCAGGUGGCUGCACCAAGGCGGCGGAGGAGGCUCCGGAGGACGCGGCCCGUGCGGUGGAGGAACCACAGCUGCUGUAUGGUGCCGGCAUCUGUAAGUGGUUCAACGUGCGUAUGGGGUUCGGCUUCCUGUCCAUGACCGCCCGCGCUGGGGUCGCACUCGACCCCCCGGUGGACGUCUUUGUGCACCAGAGCAAGCUGCACAUGGAAGGCUUCCGGAGCCUGAAGGAGGGAGAGGCAGUGGAGUUCACCUUUAAGAAGUCGGCUAAGGGCUUGGAGUCAAUCCGAGUCACAGGGCCUGGUGGGGUGUUUUGUAUUGGAAGUGAAAGACGGCCCAAGGGGAAGAACAUGCAGAAGCGCAGGUCCAAAGGAGACAGGUGCUACAACUGUGGUGGUCUAGACCAUCAUGCCAAGGAAUGCAAGCUGCCACCUCAGCCCAAGAAGUGUCACUUCUGCCAGAGCAUCAGCCAUAUGGUGGCCUCGUGUCCACUGAAGGCCCAGCAGGCCCCCAGCUCACAGGGAAAGCCAGCCUACUUUCGGGAGGAAGAAGAAGAGAUCCACAGCCCCACCCUGCUCCCAGAGGGCCAGAAUUGA